AUGUUCAGUAUCAUACGCUUUCUAAUAUACGUGACAACUUUGACCGCUCUCAGUGCAUCAACAUCCGGGAAGAGCAAGCCUCAAGGAAGUUCUCUCAACGACGAUCUGUUUCCAAUCUACCAAUGUGACGAUCGGAGCCGUGCGUGGACGAAACGCUGUUUGGUUCCGCUGACCAAUGCUCAACUAUCGCUGGAUCUUUGUGGAACCGGUGAGAAAGUCGAGCUAACGUUUGUCAAAGGUUGCGCAAAAGAGUUACAAAUCCUGGCGAAGUCUUGUCCGCAACCCGGACCUUUGUCGUCGAUGGCCAUGGAUAUGUUUGUCCACAAUCCGCCACCAGCCCGUCCUUCCGCACCAUCGUACGAAUCGCUGAACACUCCAAAAGUGCCAAAACCUAAAAUACAUCCUGAAACGGGUGAUAGUAAGAGAGAUAAGUGGUCACUUUAG